UGCCUGAGUGUUACUUCAGGACUUGUGAGAACGGAUGUCUUCUUAAAAAGAUCCACUGAAUCUGUAAAAAAAUAGAGAGGAAAUGGUGGCUUUAGCAGUAUUAAACUUCUUGCGUCAAAACUCUGCUUUCAAAAUCAGUGGGAACUCCGCAGUGAGAUUUAAACAAUAAAGAUAUUAGUUGCUUAAAUCAAACAUCUGCUGAUGAAGAAAGCCUUUAACAAUUACAAAUACUUAAAAAAAAAAUCGACAAAUUGCUCCCAGUUAAAGAAUCAAAACUGUCAUGUCUUUAUGAUGCCGACAUGUAUGUGUCUGGUUUUUGCUGAGGACAAAAGAACAUACUUUAGUUUGAAUUAGCUCAUUAAUGUGAAUCUAGCGCAUAGAUGUUAUCAAAAAAUAAGUAAUGACUUUAAAAAAAAAUUAAAGUUUGAUGCACAAUCAAACGUUCAACUAGUUUGGAUCCAAUGAGUGGUUUUAUUUCAAGAUGUGAGAAUAUACCAAAACUCAACAGUAGGUGGAGGUAGAGUUGCAUGCAUCACUUUAGAAAACAAGCAGUUUAAAUGCUUCUGCGGAAAGGUCGGCCUCUUCAGAUGGACACUAAAGGCAGAACAGGGAGCAUGUUGGAGUUACUUUCUGCUUUUACGGACUACUAGCUGUUGUCACUGGCUGCAUUUCUCCUAUUGAGACGCAGGGUGGCAUGUAGUUGGAACAAUUUUCCACCAGAGGGCGUAUCGAAAACCCAGGCUACUUCUGAUGAUCUAACGACAGUACAGCGCUGAAACGGGUGUUGAACAACGGAGACGGCCAUUGUUGUUGGUUGUCGGUUGGAUCUGUCACAGGAGUUGGUGUUGGGAAGCAGCUCAACAUGUGCUGACCAGCAGCUCACCAAGCCACAGCACAGGGCAUCUGACAGAGUGGCUACAAGCUGUCAAAGUCGAGGUCUACCACUCAGAUUGAGGUUGUGGUUGUGGCUCGCUGGCCGUGUUCGCAGCUGCAGACUAGAUGUGAAAGCGACUCGAUCAGACGAUGUGUGAACCGGUUCUCCCCUUAUGCCUGCUGCUGUGGGUCCUGCGAGCAACACAAGCUGCUGAGGUCACAGCUCCCCCCAGACUGGAUGCGGUGGCGGGUGAUCCCGCCCACCUUCGCUGCAACAUCACCACGGAGGCGGACGAACGCGUGCACCAGGUGCGCUGGCACAACCCCCACUCCAACAUGAUCCUGGCGUAUUUGCCGACCUCGCCGGUCCGCAUCGUCCACCAGGACGCCAACCUGAAGGUGACGGUGGCGCGCAAGGACUCCAGCUACAUCACCAUCAAGUCGGUGCGGCCGGACGACGAGGGCUGCUUCCACUGCUUUUUCGACGUGUAUCCGUCUGGGAAGCAGCAAGGCACCACCUGUAUCACCAUCACCGGAGGCAGAGUCCGCCUGGAGGGGAACAGGACGGCCGUACGCGGGCUGCCCAUCACCCUGUCCUGCUCGUACACCCUGGCCAAACGGGUCGCCCAGACUCUGUGGAGGAAGACGACGGAGCAGGGCGACACCACCACGGUCGCCUCGUACGCCAAGGUGGGCUCUUACAUGGGGGACCAGUUCAAAGGUCGGGUCAGCCUGAGCCCCACGCUGGGGGAGACCAGGCUGACCAUCGAGGAGGUCCAAACGGAGGACGAGGCGUGCUACACCUGCGAGUUUCACACCUACCCGGACGGAACCAGGAAGGCCGUGGCCUGUCUCCACGUCUACGUUUUACCCAAGCCGGAGGUGAGCCACUCGACGUCGCCCUCAGGAGUCACGGAGGCAAACUGCACUGCCCAGUCGAGGCCUCCGUCCACCAUCCUGUGGGACAUCAGCAUCGGCGCCGUCACCCUGGGUCCACCGGUGUCGUCGGCGUACAGUCAGGGCGACGGCACCACGAUAGUGACGAGCACGCUGCGCUUCCUGUCCGCGCUCAGAACCGUGAAAUGCGUGGUGCAGCACCAGGGUUUAGAGAAAGCCCUCACGCUGGACCUCAAAGCAGACGAUGAUAAGGUUUUGUAUCCUGUUGAAAUGAGUUCCCUCAACAUUGUCCUCAUCUCUGUGUGUGUGGUUGCGACCGUCUUCAUCCUGGGUCUGUGUGUGUUUUUCUGCAAGCGCUUCGUAUGUAUUUGACGACUGAUUCGGCAUCUGGCGUCGCCGCCACUGUUAAGCUCCGGUGGAUUUCUGAACCCGACCCGGCUGCUCGGCACCGUGCAGGAGAAGCUGCUUGUUCUGCUCCUACCAACUGGAAAUGUGCUGCCAGAGCAGACUAAACACUUCUACUGGAAGGAUUAUUUAAUGCUACCAAUGAGACGAAACUGCUGAGAAGUCGACCUUCAGUGGCCUGGAAACCUUUUGCGAUUUGGUUUCAGGUCGUGUCCUGUAACAAACACCCUCUGCAGCUAUAAAGUGCCACACGUCCACGUCGAAAAGUGACCGUCUUAAAUGUGAUUUUUACGUCUAGUGCUCUGAAGUUUGUUGUUGUGGCUGUUUUUAUGUUGAGAUUAACCUGUUAGUUGCACCAGAAGCUCGUGACGCCGCUGCCCUCGUUCUUUAGCAGUCCUGAUUGGUUCAUCCAGCCCACAGAAAAAUGUUGGAAGAAAAACACAAAUAUCCUACUGCGUUCUAAGUUUAGCCUUGUUUCGCGUUCUGACUGGAUAAAUAUACCCUAGCUCUACGUCUGGCCUUUGUCCCUCCAGCCUGGUGGCUUCUGGGACCAAAAUGCAUCUUUUAGUGGUUCCUGAAGACGUACGCUGAUUAGAGGAGGGCCAGUUCUGGACCUGCAAGUAACAGGAAACCCAAACGCAUCCAAAGCUCUGAGGAAGGAUGUGACUUUUUGUUGAACCAGGACCUUGGUGAGUCAUUUUGAGAGCGGAGAGGACGGCAGCUCUGUCGGUUUUGAACUCCUGCGUGUGGGACGGCGGCGACGGGGGGUCGAGAUUUGAUCUGUGUGUGUUUCUGGGGUUCAUCCCGAGCAGAUGAGCCUGUGAAUCACCGCUUGUGUGUACGAGUGUGAGACAGACAGGGGGCGGAUCCGUUUCCACGUACGCGUUUUGUUUUGAAAGGAAGUUUCUGUGUUUCUGUUUUGAUGGGCGUCUGAGUCACUGAGCUGAACUGGAGGGAGCAGCAUCUACAUUUUUGUAGAUGUACUGAGAAAAAUAAAUGUAAUUUCUUUUAUACAAUGACACUUAUAUAGUACUAAACAUUAUGAUUGUGGAUGAGCUUUAAAGAAUUAAAGCACUAUUGUGCAGCUGUUUUGUUA